GCUAGAACGACCGCAGUUUCCAUUCACAAAAUUGCCCACUAUCCUUCCAGUAUACCCUCGCGUCAGCAGAUGCUGUGAAGGCAGUGUGUGACGGGUCGCCAUGAUGAGCUGGGAUUUUGCCUGCAGCAGGCUGUAGCUGGAGAACCGCAAGCCACCGACGUGGGAAGCAAGGGGGGAAGGCAGUGUACUGGAUUGGUAUGAGCAAGAAUGCAGCUUUUUUCUUGACGGGAAAGACCUCAACCCCUCCGAGAAACCGCAUUUGCGACGGUUACAGCAAUGGACAUAUACUCGAACCAUAGUUUUAAACUGUGAAGCGGGCCAGGCAGAUGAUUUUUAAAGAAUUGGAUUUAAAGGGAAAAACUAGCUUGUUAAGCCUUUCGCCCUUCCAUUCUCAGACUCAACAGAGGAGGGGCAUUGCAUUGAGGCUUUGUAGCAUUGCAGAUCUAGUGUUGAUGCAUUUUUGUCGCUGCAGUUUGGAUAACCACUUAACAACUCAGGGGAUUGCUAUAACUGCAUUGUCACGGGUAAUAUUUUCAUUGGGAGUAUUUUUGCCAGGAGAAGACUAUAAAAAAUACGAAAGGAAAUACUACAAGCGGCUUUCAUUAGCCUACGUCAAAAUCUGCUGGCCAGGGCAGGGUCUGGUAAUUGUGAGUUCUCCUUUGUGUCUUGGGGGAAUAGGAUAAAUAAAAUGAGGAAAUAUUACAUGGCUCACUCACCUCCGAGAUACUCUAUAUAUACCUUUGUGAGAGGUGGAUCAUGAUAGUUCUAUUUUAGCUCGCUAUUAGCUUGCUUGCCUCAAAGCUUCAACGUUUUUAUUCAUUUUGCUACAAGGUGAGACAAGCUAAGCGAACUUCUUCUGUUCGUCCCUGGUCAGCCUGAAUAUAAGGCUCAACUAUUUAAGUGAGUUUCUAUAAUUUCCUCUACUAGCAUCUCCUGACUACAGUUUGAAUCAUGUCGGGAGAGGUCCGUUUGAAGAAACUGGAAAAGCUGAUCCUGGACGGCCCAGCUCAGUCAAAUGACCAAUGCCUUAGCGUGGAAACGCUAUUGGAUAUCCUUAUCUGCCUUUAUGACGAGUGCAACAACUCACCCCUCAGAAGGGAGAAAAACAUAUUGGAAUUUCUGGAUUGGGCCAAACCCUUCACCUCCAUGGUCAAACAGAUGCGCCUGCACAAAGAGGACUUUGAGAUCCUCAAAGUGAUUGGACGAGGAGCCUUUGGAGAGGUUGCUGUGGUUAAGGUGAAGAAUGCAGACAAGGUGUUCGCCAUGAAGAUCCUCAACAAGUGGGAGAUGCUAAAGAGAGCUGAGACGGCGUGUUUCCGGGAGGAGCGGGACGUGCUGGUGAACGGGGACAGCCAGUGGAUCACCACUCUGCACUACGCCUUUCAGGACGACAACUUCCUGUACCUGGUGAUGGAUUACUAUGUUGGUGGGGACCUGCUCACGCUGCUUAGUAAGUUUGAAGACAGGUUGCCGGAGGACAUGGCAAGAUUCUACCUGUCUGAGAUGGUGCUGGCCAUUGACUCAGUGCACCAACUGCACUAUGUCCACAGGGACAUCAAGCCAGACAACAUCUUGAUGGACAUGAACGGUCACAUUCGCCUGGCUGACUUUGGUUCCUGCCUCAAACUCAUGGAGGACGGCACAGUCCAGUCAUCAGUUGCCGUGGGGACCCCGGACUACAUCUCUCCGGAGAUCCUGCAGGCGAUGGAGGAUGGGAAGGGGAAGUAUGGUCCAGAGUGUGACUGGUGGUCCCUGGGGGUCUGCAUGUACGAGAUGCUGUACGGGGAAACCCCCUUCUACGCCGAGUCACUGGUGGAGACCUACGGCAAGAUCAUGAACCACAAGGAGCGUUUCCAGUUCCCCCUGCAGAUGACGGAUGUGUCCGAAGACGCCAAGGACCUGAUCCGACGCCUCAUCUGCAGCCGGGAGCACCGUCUGGGCCAGAACGGUAUCGAGGACUUCAAAUCUCACCCCUUCUUCUCUGGCAUUGACUGGGACAAUAUCCGUACGUGCGAGGCCCCCUACAUACCAGAGGUCAGCAGCCCCACAGACACCUCUAACUUUGACGUGGACGACGACUGCCUCAAGAACUCAGAGACGAUGCCCCCUCCCUCUCACACGGCCUUCUCUGGACACCACCUGCCCUUCGUAGGUUUCACCUACACCAGUAAAUGUACCCUGUCUGACCGGGGCUGUCUGAGGGAGUCAGGUGGUGGCAGUCAGACACAGAUGGAUGUGUGUGUCCAGCGCAGUCUGGAGGAGAGUCUGGCCACCGAGGCCUACGAGAGGAGGAUACGACGCCUGGAGCAGGAGAAGACUGAGCUCAGCCGCAAGCUGCAAGAGUCCACUCAGACAGUCCAGGCCCUGCAGCAUGCGUCAGGAGAAGGACCAGCACCCGUCCCCUCUAACAAGGAGGUGGAGAUCAGGAGUCUGAAGACUGAGAUUGACAUCCUCAAGAAACAGAUCGCAGACUCAGGUCAACUGGAACAUCAGUUGGAGGAAGCUUCGUCAGUCCGUAGAGAAAUGGAGGAUUCAUCUAAACACGUCAGGAGCCUGGAGAAACAGAUGAAGAGUCUCAACCUGGAGAGGGACGACCUGCACAAGGACUUAUUGGAGGCCAGUGAGAAGAUGAAGAGUCAGUCUAAGGAGUUGAAAGAGGCCCACAGCCAGAGGAAGCUGGCCAUGCAGGAGUUUUCCGAGCUCAACGAGCGUCUGACUGACCUCAGAUCAGCCAAGCAGCGCCUGGGCCGCCAGCUCCGGGACAAGGAGGAGGAGAUGGAGGGUUGGUCCCAGAAGGUGGAGGCUUUACGGCUGGAGGUGCGCAAGGCUGAGAGGGCCAAGAAGGAGAUGGAGGCCCAGUCUGAGGAGCAGACAGCAGAUGCUCAGAAGGAGAGGAAGGUGAGAGAACGAUCAGAGCAGUACAGCAGACAGCUAGAGGAGGAGCUGGACGGACUCAAGAAGCAGUUGGGGCCGUCAGCCUCGGUGGUGGGCACGGACCAGAGCCAGGAGGUGGGGAAGCUGCGGGCCGACCUGGAGAAGAAGACCGGGUUCUACGAGGAGGAGUUGAGCAGGAGGGAAGCGCAGCAUGCCAACGAACUCAAGGGCCUCCGCAAGGAGCUCCGUGACGCGGAGGGACAGCAGCUCACCCUGCAGAAAGAGAUACUGGUUCUCAAGGACAAACUGGAGAAGACACGCAGGGAGAGCCAAUGCGAGCGUGAGGAGUUUGAGACGGAGUACAAGCAGAAGUAUGAGAGGGAGAAAGUUAUUCUGACCGAGGAGAACAGGAAGCUCUCCAACGAACUGGACAAGCUGACAUCUAUGUUUGAGAAGCUGAGCAGUAGCAACAGACAGCUAGAGGAGGAGAUGAGGGAACUGGCUGACAAGAAGGAGAGUGUGGCUCACUGGGAGGAGCUGGCUGACAAGAAGGAGAGUGUGGCUCACUGGGAGGCCCAGAUCACUGAGAUUAUCCAGUGGGUGAGCGAUGAGAAGGAUGCGCGAGGCUACCUCCAGGCUCUGGCCAGUAAGAUGACUGAAGAACUGGAGGGACUGAGGAACACCAGCCUGGGAGCCAGGGCCACGCAGGACAUGCCGUGGAAGGUGCGGAGGUUUGCUAAGCUGGACAUGUCGGCCCGUCUGGAGCUGCAGUCUGCACUGGAUGCUGAGAUCAGAGCCAAACAGACCAUCCAAGACGAACUGAACAAAGUCAAGGCCUCCAACAUCUCCACUGAGUGUAAACUGCAGGAGUCGGAGACUAAGAACCAGGACCUGCUGGCUGAGAUCGAGAGGCUGAAGAAGGAUACAGAGGAGUUCCGCCUGCGCAGGGGUGUGAAACACCAGGACUCCCAGAACUCUUUCCUGGCCUUCCUCAACGCCCCCACCUCAGCCCUGGACCAGUUCGAUGACUCUUUCUCCUCAUCCUCUUCCUCUUUAAUUGAGUUUUGGGAAGACCGCUCUCCAUCCGUUGGGCCAACUAGCAAAGGCAGACGUGUGGACUCGGUGGAUAACUUCACUCCCUCCAACACCCCAUCCAGGGACGAGGACUCCAAGAAGUCUCGCUCACGGUCGCCCUCCAUGGCCAGCGACGUGGAGCCCAUUGAGUUGAUAGACCACCCCCCACGCACAGUCCAGACCCCCACCAUGCGAUCAGGAGGCUAUGGUAGUAUCGGCCGCUCAUCACCCAAGCCCAAAGCCCACCAGUUUGUGGUGAAGUCCUUCAGUGCUCCCACCAAGUGUAACCAGUGCACCUCUCUGAUGGUGGGACUCAUCCGCCAGGGCUGCACCUGUGAAGUGUGUAACUUCUCAUGCCACGUGACAUGUGCUGACAAGGCUCCAGCGGUGUGCCCCGUGCCACAUGACCAGACCAGGGGGCCGCUGGGCAUCGACCCUCAGAGGGGCAUCGGCACUGCCUACGAGGGACACGUCAGAGUGCCCAAGCCCACAGGGGUGAAGAAGGGUUGGCAGCGGGCGGUGGCCGUGGUGUGUGACUUCAAGCUCUUCCUGUACGAGCUGGGAGAGGGCAAGACCACAACGCCCAGUGUGGUCGUCAGUCAGGUCAUAGACAUGAGGGAUGAGGAGUUUUCAGUCAGCUCUGUUCUGGCAUCAGAUGUCAUUCAUGCCAGUCGCAAGGACAUCCCAUGUAUAUUCAGGGUGACGGCGUCCCAGCUCUCCCCCUCCUCCAGUCACAAGCCUUCCAUCCUGAUCCUGGCCGACAGCGACCAUGAGAGGAACAAGUGGGUGGGGCUUGUCAGCGAGCUGCACCGCAUCCUCAAGAAGAACAAGCUGAAGGAGCGUUUCGUCUACGUGCCCAAAGAGGCUUACGACAGCACGCUACCGCUCAUCAAGACCACGCAGUCCGCCGCUAUUAUAGAUCACGAGCGUGUUGCCCUGGGCAACGAGGAAGGCCUUUUUGUCAUCCAUGUCACCAAAGAUGAGAUCAUCCGUGUUGGGGACAAUAAGAAAGUCCACCACAUUGACCUGGUCCCCCAGGAGCAGCUCCUAGCGGUCAUCUCCGGCCGUAACCGUCACGUCCGUCUUUUCCCCAUGGCCGCGCUGGACGGACGGGAGAUGGACUCCUAUAAGCUGGCCGAGACCAAGGGCUGCACGGCGCUGGUGUCCGGCUCUGUCCGAAACAACUCCCUCACUUGUCUGUGUGUGGCCAUGAAGAGACAGGUCAUCUGUUACGAGGUGAACAAGAGCAAGGUGCGCCACCGCCGGCUGCGGGAGCUCCAAACCCCAGGUCCCGUCCAGUGGAUGGGUCUCCUGAGCGAGCGGCUGUGUGUGGGCUACCAGGCUGGCUUCACACGCUACAGCGUCCAUGGGGACUGUGUCCCGGUCAGCCUGCUGCACCCCGAGGACCACACCCUGGCCUUCAUCUCCCAGCAGGCCCUGGACGCGCUGUGUGCCGUGGAGAUCUCCUCCAAGGAGCUGCUGCUCUGCUUCUCAGCCAUAGGGGUCUACGUGGACUCGCAGGGCCGCCGCUCGCGCCAGCAGGAGCUGAUGUGGCCCGCCGUUCCCAACUCCGCCUGUUACAACGCCCCCUACCUGUCAGUGUACAGUGAGAAUGCUGUGGAUGUUUUUGAUGUCAACACCAUGGAGUGGAUUCAGACCAUCCCAUUGAAGAAGGUGCGACCUCUGAACCCUGAUGGAUCCCUGAACCUCCUGGGUCUGGAGACAGUGAGACUUAUUUACUUCAGAAACAAGACGGCAGAGGGUGACGAGUUGGUGGUUCCUGAGACGUCUGACAACAGCAGGAAGCAGAUGGUUCGCAACAUGAACAACAAGAGACACUUCUCCUUCAGAGUCCCUGAGGAGGAGAGGAUGCAGCAGAGGAGGGAGAUGCUGAGAGACCCAGAGAUGAGGAACAAGCUGAUAUCCAACCCCACCAACUUCAACCACGUGGCCCACAUGGGACCUGGAGACGGCAUCCAGAUUCUCAAAGACCUGCCCAUGAACGUGCGUGUUCAGGAGAGUCGUGCUGCAGGCUUCAGUGGCUCCGUCUCCAUCCCCUCCAUCACCAAGAACAGAGCCGAGCCGGGACGCUCCAUGAGCGCCAGCAGUGGACUGGGCAUCCGUUCGUCAUCUCAGAAUGGCAAUGCGUUGAGGAGAGAGCUGUCCGGGGGUAGCUACAGCUCUAAGCGCCAGACCAUGACCUCUCCCUCCGAGAGCUCCUUGUCCUCCGGAGGGGGUAUGGACGGCUGCAGCGACGCACCCCUCUCCCAGUUCGACAGAGAGUGGCAGGCGGUCUCGCCAUCGGAGAAGACCCCUGAUCUGAAAAGGGCUUUAAGGACCCUGCUUAGUAAGAUGAAGGACUCUGACUCGCCCCGUCACUCCACGGCGUCCAACAGUUCUACGUUCAGCAGUCCCCCCAGCCCGGCCUCACCCCACAAGACCAAGUCCCUCUCUCUGGAGAGCACAGACCGCAUGACCGGCUGGGACACAUGAGUGACAGUAAGCACACCGCUCCAAUCCCUGACCCUCACCAAGCCCUGGGCCCGCCCCCCUCCCCUGGCGCCGCCUAUCCCCUGCCCACGGAACUGCACCUGCUGCCACAGGCCCCUCCCAUUUACUUACUUCACCUUUGACUGGAACUGAGAUCUACAAACAAACACAGGGAAAGGAAGUGUUUGACCAAGAAGGAAAUACUUGGAGAGGAUAUGUUAGUUAAUGCGUGGAAGAGUGUGUGUGUGUGUGUGUGUGAGUGUGUGUGCGAAGUGAGUGUGUGUGUGCUUGCAUAUGUUUGUGUGCACGCCUGUGUGUGUGUUUUUGAGGGGGGCAUACAAUAUAGGAAUUAAAAUUGACACCCCCUUCCAUCUGCUUUGUAGCUGAUAGCCAGAAUAAGCGAAGCGCUAAGUUUAAUUGAAAGUACUUUUGAUUACAGCACUACUAGCACCCGUGUUGAGUAUCUCCCCAUGUAAUUGGCAACUCCUGUAAAGAGACACACAAACCUCAAGACGCAACAAGAAGAAGAGGAUGAAUAUGAAACAACAGAUCAUUUGAUACGUGUACAUAGCACCCUUUGGGCUUGGGGGACCACCUUUUAUUUAUUAAUCAGACCAAGGUGUUUCACAGAGGAGAAAGAGAGGAUGUUUUCGCUUUCUUUCUGUUGCUUUCUUCCGGAACGGUAGUUAAUAACAUCAGAAGAAGAGGGGGCAUUCCAUUUACAAUACAAGGCUCACAAAAAAAAGAAAGCAAUGAUGUUUAUUUUUCAUUUUGCUCAUGAAAGUGAAAUAUGUGCAGUGACUUCAUUUGUUUGUACCAUCAGUGAAAAGCUACAGUAAAGCAACGGAAAAAUACAACUAUGAUGAGGGGUAUUUUAAUUCUAGGUUGACCCCUGACCUCACCGGCUUCACGUUCUAGAAUUCUUAGGGACAGCAGCGUUUAGAAGCAGACCGAACAUUCUAUGAUGACAUCACGGCUCCUUCUGCCACUUCCUCAUGACAUGGGCCAGUGACCUCAUCCACUGAACUGGAACCAUUGGGCCAUUCUCCAUGUAGUGUAGACCUACUACCGUAAGUACAGUAAUAGACCAACCACCGAUCAAUUACAAAAAGUAAAUUCCCAUCACAACAAUGUACAUAGGUUAAAAGUAGAGAAUAAUAUAUGAUAAGGGAAAUACUAUAGAGAAAUACAUGAUGGGAGAAGAUUAUGGAUUCCUUUUUAUUUUUUUCAGAAUGAUUUGGGGUUAUAUUCACACGAAAGCCAUUUUAAACCACAGUUCUUUUUAUGAUUGCUUUUAGAUUUUUUUACAAAUUAUUUUUAUUUCAUGUAUGAGACAAACCGUUGAGUGUUAUUUUGAUUUGCGUUUGGGGAAACAUGGACCCGUGGACCCGUGCUGUUUAGUGAAUAUGUGCAUUUAUUUUAAGCGAUAGGCCUAUCACAGAUGCAUUCACACAGGCGUUUCCCCCUCCACUCUGGCCGCUAUGUUCCAUCAGUUGAGGGGGGAUGUAUAUUUCCAAACUGACAGUGAUUCUGAAACACAAAGUGUGUAUUUCCAUACUAUUCCCUGUGGUACCGACCUGUGAACCUUCCCUGUGGUACCGACCUGUGAACCUCAAAUAUGUUCCUUUGACUUCUAAGAGAGAUUUUGGAAAGCUUGUUAUAACCAAAAAAGAAUGACUUGAAUCUUGAGUUUUCAUAAUUUUUCAGACAGCCUUGCUUAUUUUUCAGAAUGUUUCGAUAGAUUAGGGGGGAAAAAGAGACGACAAUUGUAAAGAGAUGGUGAUUUGACUACACAGACCGCACUAGGCUUAAAUGUAGUGAAUGAAUGUAAAAGAAAUGCUAGGAUGACAAGGCCAACACUUCAUUUCUGUUACAAAUUAGGUCAUUGUUAUGUUCUUAUUAUCAACUGGUAAUCUGUGUAUUGCUGUCUGUUAAUGCAAUCACCUUCAUUUAGACCAAAAUUGGGGUCCAUUCCAUUUUAAUUCGGUCAAUUCAGGGAGUAAACUGAAGUUCCAUUCCAAUUCCAAUUUUCCUCAAUGCUUCUCUGAGACAAAUUUGGAAUUUGAAUUUCUGUUUACUUACCUGAAUGUAAAUGGAAUUGACCCCAAUCCUAAUGCAAACCACACCACAGUGGUGUUGAUCAUAUUUAUGUGUGGAACGGAAACAAUCAUUUACUUGAUAUAGUUUCUGAGCAUUGGGUCAUGUGCUUAGAACAACUGACUCUUUUCGCUCAAGAGGAAGGGAGGGGACUCUUAUUCUUGAAAGGGGACUCUUAUUCUGGAAAAUAAAUAUUUUCAUGUCUAAUGAGGAUUUGUUGUUAUGUUACAGACCAUUCAAUGAAUUACCGUUGUUACUUACUGCUGAAAGGGACCUUCUGUUUAGGAGUGUGUUUGGGUGGGUUGAAGUGUACCAAGUAGUAUAGAUUGCAGUUUACCUUCAGCUAUCCUAUUCACAAGUGUAUAAAAAGAUGACACAACAAUUCCUGCCAUUGGAGUCCUAAAUCUUAACCCUAAACCACAAUUCUAUUCUAUUCACUUGUAAAAUACAGCCAUGUAUGCCUACUCAUGCCAAGUGUUUUUAGAAAUCCAUUUUAUAUUGAGCUUGAAGAAUAAGAAUUUAUCUGGAAGUGUCACUGUCUCGCUAAGCUGGUUUUACUCAACCGUCUCAACUUAACUUAAUCGCUUCUCUUAAGAUUUCCUUUUAAGCUACCAACUCUCCCUAUUCAUAUCUGCUGGACCUUAUCUGUAGAAUGUAUUAGUUGAGAAAGAGGAAAUAUCUUAGUCUGAGUAUUUUGGACCAGACUUUAAUUGUACAUCCCACUUUUUUAAAAACUCAGGAAUGUCAGAACCAAUGAUUAUUUUCAUCCUAACAAUUAAAAUGAGUGUGACAGAACAGACUACACUUGGGAAAGAAGAGCUCAAUUUAGCCAUAGUGUAGCUAGCUGUGACUAGGCGUAGCGGUCAAACGAUUCAGCUGGAAGAAAAGAGGAGAACCGGAAUAAGGAGGAAGAAAUCAGACAAGUGUUUUGAAUCCAGGAUGAGAAGAGGUGAGGGGUGAACGGCCGGAUGGAGGGUAGUAGUUUGAGGCUGAGGUGCCACCAUGCUAACCAUUUUUUUUUUUUUAAGAAAACGCCUUUGCAUUUCAGUGAGGUCUUAUCUGAAAUUCUUUCUAUAUUAUUUAGCUCUUUCAUAUCAUUUUACACUUUUGUUUUUUUUCUAGGAUUGCUUUGUAAUAAUUUGUACAGUUUUGCAUGUUAUAGACGUAAUCAUUUUUUUGUUUUGGAUUAGUUUUUAAUUUUGACUUGUUCAUUUUAUUUGAACGGUUUGGGAGUUUUACUGAGGAUACCCACUACAGGUGAUGUAGAUUCUUUUUGCACAGAAAUAUUUAAGGUGUAAGGUCAAACAAAUAAUGUAUGGAAACUGUCCACCACUCUUAUGUGGAGAGCUCAUUAUAUUAACCUGACUCUGAUGUAUUUCAAUAAAACGGAGGGCUGUUACAAAUACGGCUUCACUGAG